UUUGAUCUCAGUGCUGGUUUGUUGGCGAACCAUGAUAGUCACAGUGGUGAUCAUUUUCUGUGGGAUAUUUAUUUUGAAAUGCUAUCAGCGCCGAAAGCGUUUCCUACGUGCGCUGCAUAGCAUUCCAGGGCCGAAAGGUCUUCCAUUGUUGGGCAAUGCAGCAGAAGGAAUUCUUUGUGAUCCCGCUGAGUUUCAUGAUAAACUCGAGCAAUGGGUGAAGCAGUUUGGGACACGAAUAAAAAUCGAUUUGUUCACAAAAUUUUGGAUUUUGCAUAGUUCGCCGGAAGAUAUUGAGAAAGUUGCAACUGAUAGCCGAUUCAAUCGAAAAUCAGAAGACUAUAACCAAUUGCAGGAGUGGUUGGGAAAUGGAAUUUUGCUCGAUCACGGCCCAAGUUGGUUCGUAAAUCGGAAGGCAUUAACGGACGCAUUCCACUUCAAGGUUUUGGAGAAUUUCAUCCCCACAUCUCAGCAGCAGUCCGAAAUAUUGGUUGGUAAAUUGCUGGCUUCCAACGGCCAAGCGGUUGAUAUUUUUCCGAUCAUGAAACUGUUCACCCUGGAUGUUAUAUUGGAAACAGCAAUAGGCGUAACGUGUGAUGCACAACUGAAUGAUUCUGAUUACGUAAAAGCCGUUGCCGGUUUGAGUCACAUUACCUACUGGAGGAUGUUCAACGUGAUGGGAUAUUCUGAGGCAACAUUCAGAUUCACUAAAUAUUACCGCCCCUACCGAGAAAUGCUGAAGAUCAACAACGAUUUUACGAUGGAUGUAAUCAAGCGAAGGCGGGAUGAAUUCUAUAAAGAAGCGAGGGAAGAAGGUGGAAAAAAGCGAUGUGCUCUGCUGGAUAAACUGCUUCAAAUGGAAAUAGAGGGAAGAAAGUUGACGGAUGAGGAAAUAAGAAAUCAGGUUAACAAUUUCAUGUUUGCGGGUCACGACACAACUUCGAGCGCACUCACAUUCAUCGUAUUCCUCGUUGCAAAACAUCCAGAAGUGCAGGAAAAACUCUACGAGGAGAUGAAUCGUGUGCUGGCGGAUGGAAUGAUUCCCACACUCAAUCCAAGAAUUUUAAGCGACUUUAAAUAUAUGGAUCUGGUGAUCAAGGAAUCUCUGCGAAUGUAUCCCCCGGUGCCAUAUUUCUCAAGAACAAUUGACUCGGAGACGGAAGUGUCCGGUGUAACUUAUCCGCCGGGAACAACCGUAUCGUUGGGUGUUUAUUUCAUGCACCGAAAUCCGGAUUAUUUCCCAGAGCCUUUGUGCUUUAAACCUGAGCGAUUCAGCUUCGAUGCUGACCAGGAGAAAAGAAAUCCUUACGUAUACAUUCCAUUCAGCGCUGGAAGCCGUAAUUGUAUUGGGCAAAAAUUCGCAAUCAACGAAAUCAAAGUUGCGCUGAUCUAUAUUGUACUUAGAUGUCGGUUUCGGCUGGAUGAUCCCACCUAUGAUCCGAAGUUGAAGGCGGAACUGGUAUUGAAGCCCGUAGGGGGCAUACCAGUGCGUUUUACACCCAGGAACAUUUAGUUCAGUUUUCCCAUAAUUUAUUUCAUCUGGCUCAUUUUAAACAAGUCUUAUAAGCUUACAACUACAGAAAUAUAUAAUUCAUGAAACUGUA